AUGGCUGCUGGUGGGGCAUCGCCGUCCAGCUCGCCGCGCUUACCUAGUCCUCCCCCGUUCACGGAGGUACAGAUCGGGCCCAAGUCACCCUCGGUCGGCGAAUCCUUUGGGACAGAGACGCAAGAAUUUCUCGCAGCAUCGAAGGGCAAUGACAAUGCUUCUUCUCGGAGGAUCCGGCCUGGAACUAAGGCCGCUGAUAUGGCAGUCGGUCCUCCAUUGAUUCCUUUGUCGCAGCUCGACUCUCCAUUCCAGCUUCAAGAACAUCUGAAAGCGCUCUACAACCACUUCACCCGACCGGAGGGGUCCGAGACCGUCGUGCCUAUCAGUCGAGAUGUUGCGAUACAGCUUGCGGGACCGCCCGAGGGGGUGGACAAGUCCCUGUGGCUCUACGAACUCUGUCGUUUCCUCACCAUGAAAGUAAAUAACCUGAUCGUUGCUUUCUUCGCCGAAAACCCGCCAUGCUCCGCGCAAACGUGUCCUGAGAUGCGUGCAUCCGAGUGGCAGUAUCUGUGCGCCGUCCAUGACCCCCCGAAAUCCUGCUGCGCGAUUGACUACUGCUGCCAUACGCUCGAUUGGGCCACCAACAUCCUCACAUCUCCAAAGCAUUUUCCAAGUCGCCUUACGCUGGGUUCCGAGGCAGGCGGUGGCGCGCAGGCAAGCCUGAGGUACCUGACCAACAUAUUCCGUCGACUGUAUCGCAUCUUCGCCCAUGCCUGGUUCCAGCACCGGGAUGUGUUCUGGCAGGUUGAGGGGAAUGAUGGGCUGUACAUAUUUUUCAAGACGGUGUGCGAUAUGUACAAGCUUAUCCCUGAAGACAAUUAUACAGUGCCUGCUGAAGCGGAGGGACUCGAUGCCAAUCAGUCAAUGCAGGAGCAGGCGGGCAACCGUCGGAUGACGAUCCUACGAAAGGACAGUGAGGGCCCGUUGGAGAACAUUGAGCCUUCGUCCAUAAGCACUGGUGCAACCACCCGGCGCCACAAGAAUAGCGCGUCCAUCAGUUCCCACGUUACGACGAUCAGUGAGGGUGCGGAGGAAUCAGAAGAGCAACCGAAGGCGGAGCCUGUGAUAAAGUCAAAGGAUGAAAAAUCUACUGAGGCUGUACCAAAGGUUGAGUCUGAACCACAGCCUGCAGAAGAGGUUGUAAGUGAGGAGCAAAAGGAAGCUGCCGAUGCACCCGUACAAGACCCGGCCGAGUCUCAGGAUACCGUUGAAGAGGUGCAAGAGGACGAAGAGGGGAAGCCUUCAAAUACGAAUACAGAAACGGCAGCAAAGGAUGAGCCGGAAGCCGUCCAGCCGCCUGAGGAGCCAGAAGCAACCAAGGCCGAGGAGUCGCGAGCAGACACGCAAGCCAGCGCAGAAGACAGCCCAGAAGCAAGCGAAGAGAAGACCCAACAGGAGCCUGGAGCUCAGUCAACAACCGAGCCUGAGCCAGCGACAGAGCCAGCCAAGGAGGCUUGA